AUGCCAAAACUCAACCUCUUCGGCACCGGCUUCGUCCUCCAAGCCGCAAUAUGGGCGGCUUGUGGCAUGGCAUUCAUUCUCUUCGGCUACGACCAAGGCGUCUUCUCUGGCAUCGUGGAAAAUGACGACUUCCUCGCCACCAUGAACCACCCCAACGACAGCCUCGAGGGGAUCAUCGUAUCGAUCUACAAUCUGGGUUGUUUCGCCGGUUGUAUCGUCAAUUUCCUACUUGGAGAUUGGCUGGGACGCCGACGGGCAAUGUGGUUUGCUAUGGUUUGGGUCAUCAUCGGAGCAACUCUCCAAUGCUCCGCGUUCUCCGUCCCCCAUAUGAUGGUCGGACGAUUCGUGACGGGCAUCGGAACGGGCGUGGAGACGUCGACGGUGCCGAUGUAUCAGGCGGAAUUGUGUGAGGCGAGUAAGCGCGGGAAGUUGGUGUGUAGUGAGCCGUUGUUGGUUGGGGUGGGGAUUGUUAUUAGCUACUUCUUCGACUACGGGAUGAGCUAUGUUGGUGGUCAGAUCGCUUGGAGAUUGCCGAUAGCGUGUCAGAUGAUUUUCGCUUUUGUGGUCAUUGUUCUAGUGUUCGGGCUGCCCGAAUCACCAAGGUACUGUUACAAGGAAGGUCGCAACGAAGAAGCACUGCAGAUCUUAAGUGAUGUGUAUGGGCGCCCAAAGGAUGACCCGAAGAUCCUGGCAGAGCAGGAAGAAAUCCUCGAGGCUAUUUCCGUGGAGACGAAAUACGGCGAGUACAAGUGGAGAAAUGUCUUCAAGCGGGAUGAAGUUUCCACAGGCCACAGAGUUCUUCUUGCAUACGGUAUGCAAUUCAUGAAUCAGAUGGGUGGUAUCAACAUGGUCGUAUACUACAUCCCCACCGUACUCAACACCAACGUCGGCCUGGACAAGAAUCUCUCCAAUCUCCUCGGCGGCUGCGUUCAGAUUAUGUUCGUCGUCGGAAGUAUAUUCCCCACCUUCUUCGUGGAUCGCGUCGGUCGCAGAGCUCCCAUGAUCUGGGGAUCAUUCGGCCUGGGCAUCUGCAUGAUGAUGGUAUCCAUCCUGCUCAGUUUCAAGGGCCAUGCCAAUGAGCAUGCAACUUCGUCAGCUGCUGUCGCCUUCUUCUUCGUGUACAUGCUCAUCUUUGGCGCCUCGGUUAACUGCAUCCCCUGGUGCUACGUGCCCGAGAUCUUACCCCUCCAUGCGCGCGCCAAAGGAACAGCCGUGGGUAUCUCGUCGAACUGGAUCUGGAACUUCUUCGUCGUAAUGAUCACCCCCAUCAUCAUCAACCGCCUGCAAUGGAAAGCAUACCUCAUCUUCAUGUGCCUGAACUUCGCCUUCGUCCCACUAAUUUAUUUCUGCUACCCGGAAACCGCCAAACUAACCCUCGAGGAGAUCGACUACCUGUUCACCACCCCAGGAAAGAAUGCCGUGCAAAUGUCCAAAGAGCUCGUAAAACAGCGAAAGCAAUACGGCCAUGUACCAGGCCAACGACUGACGCGACACACGGACGAGACCGGCUCCGAGAACAUGGAGAAAAAGCAGGACAGUGUUGUCGCCGGGGUAUCGGACGAGCAAGUCGAGCAGGUCUAG